AUGAAGUCAAUCGCAAGAGUACCUCAGUUAGCCAGAAGCGGUGUCUUCCAGGCCAGGGUGAGCUCCAGAUGCUGGAGCGGAGUUACCUACGGCGCUCAAUUGAGCCGACAUCACCGCCGAAUUCACGGAGCUCCGACUGUGAGAUAUCGGCAGCCAUUGAUUGCCAGCAGCACGUUGGGAACACCAUCAGGGCUGAGAUAUGCCUCCAGUUCCUCUGCAGCUGAAUCUGACAUCAAGAGGACGCAAUUUUAUGACUUUCAUGUUGAGCACAAGGGCAAAAUGGUCCCUUUCGCGGGGUAUGCCAUGCCUUUGCAAUAUGCCGACUUGAGCCACGUCGAGAGUCACAAAUGGACGCGAGAGAAGGCCAGUUUGUUUGAUGUGAGCCAUAUGGUCCAACACCACAUUAUCGGUCCAGGUGCACGAGACUUGUUGAUGAAGAUUACUCCUGCCUCCCUUGACUCUCUAAAGGACAACCAUUCUACCUUGUCCUGUCUCCUGGACGAAAGUACUGGUGGAAUUGUUGACGACACUGUGGUCACACGCCUUGGACCGGAGUCAUUCUACUUCGUUACAAAUGCAGGUCGUCGUAAGGAAGACCUCGAGUUUCUAACAAAAGAAAUCGAGGCAUUCAGGAACUCUCAAGAUCCCUCCAAGCGCGACUCGGUCAUAAACUGGACUAUACUUGAUAACAGGGCUCUAGUUGCUCUUCAAGGCCCCGCAAGCGCGAGCGCACUUCAGCCACUUAUCAAGAAAGAAACGUCCGCCGACGCCGAUCUUUCAACCCUUCACUUUGGCCAAUGUCGCCAGCUCCAUCUGAACUUCCCAGAUGGAUCAAGCACCCCGUCACGUCUUCUAAUCUCCAGAACAGGGUAUACCGGAGAGGACGGCUUUGAAAUCUCUAUUCCUACUGAUUCUGAUGCCAAUUUGCCUCGCCGUGUUGCCGAACUUCUCAUCUCCAACCCAGAUGUCAAGCUUGCUGGGCUAGCCGCUCGUGAUUCUCUUCGCUUGGAAGCUGGCAUGUGCUUAUAUGGCCAUGAUAUAUCUCUGUCCGAGACGCCACCGGUUGCUGGUCUUGGCUGGGUUGUUGGUAAAGACAGAAGGGACCCAUCGUCUCCCCUAUCCAAAUUCAACGGAGCUUCCACCAUUCUCCCACAACUCGCAUCCCCAGCCAAGACGCUUACUCGGCGACGAGUUGGCUUUACAGUUGAAGGCGGUGCACCUGCCCGAGAAGGUGCAGUCAUUGUGGACCUUGCAGAUGGUAAAACUGAAGUCGGUGUGGUUACCUCUGGCCUCCCCAGCCCAACUCUUGGUGGUACAAACAUUGCCAUGGGAUACAUUAAGCAGGGUCUUCAUAAGAAGGGUACAGAGGUCGGGAUCCUUGUCCGCAAGAAACUCCGCAAAGCUACUGUUACUCCUAUGCCUUGGAUUGAAUCCAAAUUCUACAGGGGGUAA